CAUACUUGCAUGCACUUUAUUUGAUUCUUAAGUUUAAUUUUUAAAACUAUUUUAUUUCGAACAUUUUGUAUCAGCUUUAUUCCGAAAUAUGCUUUGUCCCGAAGUUUGGAGUUUUCCUCCACCCAAAGUAAUAACUUCAUAUAAGAAAUGUGCUAACUUGGAAACUGUGAUAAGUGCAGUUGAACGAAACUGUUUUUAUAAAAGUGCGAUUGUAACAUGUGCAGAUGAACUACAUACGCCGCAACAAAUUACUGAAAUUUUACUAGAAGAUACUGAUUAUUACAAGGUGUUAAAUUGUCCUUUAACAGAAUUUGUGGAGCCAGCAUUUAUACAAAAUUUUGUAAAACCGGGAAAACUAUAUUGUCUUACAGCAGAUGUUAACUGCAUAGUGCAAAACUGUGCAGCUAUAACCCCUGAUGGAGUAUUAACAUUGAAUAUUCUCGAAUCCACAUAUCAAACAUUGGGUUUGGAAGGAAGUAAAUGCCCUCAUAACUAUUAUCAAGUAAAGAUUAACUUAUUAGACAUAAAAAAUCUAGAAAGAACCCGAACAGCCCUAUCCAAAAUUAAGUCAUUAAAUUUUUAUGUAUCUUGGGAACCAGAUAAGAAUAAUGUUUGUCCAUCAUCAAUUGCAAAGUAUUUCUGUGACAGAAACUUUGAAGUGUCAUGUCACAGCUUAGAAGUGCAAAAAAUAACACCAGAUGUCCGAGAAAUACCAACUUUAAUAGAUUGUGAGAUAGAAGGAAUUGUAGAAUGGAUUGGUAUGCUGGCACAUGGAGCAGAUUUAUGUCCGACGGAGGAUUAUGUUAGUUCAUACAGUGAGCCUGAAUGUGAUUCACCAUUACAAUCAUCUAGAAUAUCACUAUUAAUUAUUAAAGGAUUUAUAACUCCAAAUAUAAUAUCAAAUGCAUGUAAAUCCUUGGCAGAUUAUGUUGAAUCUCGGGAACUAAAAGGCUAUUGGUCUUCAAUAAGCAUACAAAGUGUAGAGGAUAGCUUAUGGCAGUGGAGUGCGAGUAGCCCUAAAAUGUUUCAGCCCCAAAAUAGUUCAUGUAAUUUUUUCUUUUCUGAAGGUGGAUGUGCUAUUUAUUUAAUAGGACAAUUAAAAUAUUCAUAACUCAUAACUGGUGUAUUUAUUUUGUUUAUCUACAUAGAAAAACAUGAAUAGCUGAUUUUAUAUGCUCUGUUGCUAUAUACCAUACCAAUGCAAUUUUAAUACAUUUUUAAUAAGGUCAUUACUUUUACUACUUAGUUUAAGAACUUUCUAUAACAAGAACAAUUCAAAGUAAUUUCAUUAGUGAUAACAAACAUUAAAUAAAUUUAUAGCUUUUGCUGUUAAUAAAUACUUCAAUAGUCAAAAUAUUGUACUGCUUUCUUCUGUAUUAUGCAUUUCCACUUGUGUGGAACCUGAUCAAUUAAAAAUCAAGAAUUAAUGUCAUAUGUUUCUGAAUAUUUGUAAGACAAUGAUUUUCCAGUCGCAUUUAUACUUCAGAAAGGCAUAAUUGUCUUGUUGUUCAUGUAACAUUUUUUUUUACGUAGGUUUAAAUUUCCUGCAGUGGUACUGAAAAGUCAUAGUCUCACAAACAAGGAGUUUUAUUAGUAAACUGUUGUAAUAAUACUGAGAUUUUUUCAUUAAAA